UCUGCUGUGGCUCGCCCGAACACCAUGUAUCUUUUUGAAGUACAUAAGUCUCUGAUAGAUUUGGUCUUGUCGGACAGUUAUGGGAUUUGAACUUGCUUAGCUUGUUGAUAUAACCAGGAAUGCCCUUUCUUUACUGACCUUUUCAGGGAGAAGAUAGAAGGACGAUACCUUUGCAGAUUAGCUUGUAUACCUCUAGCACCCACGACAUGAGACUUCGGUUUGUUGAAGUAAAAUUUACUUAGGUUUAAAGUCAUUUCUGCGACAAGAAAACAAUGUUAAUGUUCACGCAGGAGUAUUGCUAGAUGAAGAUUGGAGCGAUCAUAGUUUUAUAGAGCCGGAUAACCAUCUUGUUGAGAUCGCUGCCACGGCGCCAACUAUCACCGAGACUUUGCAAACUGUCUGAUUUUGAUACUGUGGUAUACUUGACCUUUUUAAAAUUACUACAAUAAUCCAGUUUCGAAUUCUCCAAUGCUGUGCCUCAUUUUUAACUCGAAGAUUGCGAAGCAAUCGAAGAGUUAUAGGAGGGAGAUAGAUGAUGGUGUGUGAGGUGAGGUGGACUUACAUGCUGGUAUUAAUUUGGAGUCGUGAACCAACAAGUAUUCACAAAAUACUUAAAUAACAUAGUGUUUUGUACCGGAUAAUCCACCGUGUCAAUCGUUCCUCGUUACCAGAAAUAUUACUCCUUGGUACAAAGUCUGUUAGACUUUAUUCCAUGUGUUGAACUCACUUGAUGAGGUCAAUCGCAUGCCAUAGUGGUAUGACUUUUCAGUACCUUCUAAAAUUACAUGUGUAAACGUCUUUAGAAAUUAGUAGAGAACAAAAUAAAAUAAAAGAAGUAGAAUGAUACCGAACGUUUUUAACAUGAUAAGUGAGUUUGGGGAUUUUGAACUAAUCGAAGAUUCAUAUGUUUUUUACUUUCACCCCUCCCGGCCAGCAAACGUCCCCUCCUCUACAGCGUUAUGCGAUACAGCAAAAAUAGAUAUGAGUCGCCUCAGUCCAAUCGCAUCUGAUUCCACCUAUUGGACUUUCAUUACUUGUCUAUACAGCAGAAAAUUUUGGAGUCGAAGUCGUCAUGCAGAAUCGUUUUGUUCUUGUCUGUCUUUUAGGCUUUUUUAUUGUUCGUGUUUAUCAAGCGCUGCCUUCAUUUUCUAUGCAGAAUUUAAAGGAUAUUGAUCACCGAAAUUUGCGGGAAAUGGAGCUGUUUAGCAAAAAAGCUCUUCGUAUAGUUCAAGCUAAGCUUUCGCAAGAGUGUUCUGAUGCAGUUUUCCACUUGUUGUUGAACGACUCCAAUUUACUACCAGCAUAUAUUGACGCCGCUGGUAAGAUUCCAAGUGGUAUUUUGGAAGGGGAUUCGUCGUGGCUUGGAUCAUACAGUACCUGCAAAAAUAUCUCAUCUGCUCAUUACUGCCUGGCCAAUGUAUUGCAGAUUAAGGUAUUGAAAGAUAAGAAAUUACCACUUCGAUGGGGCGUUUGCGUACCAAGUGCAUGUAGUGAGCAUGACGUAGCAGUUGCCAUAGAAGAUAUCUUAGCUGCUUUUCACCUCAAAGCAAAGACAUUGAAUUCAACGAGGCCAGAUCCCAUACAUGUCAACUGUGUCAAACCGUUAGAGUACGGGUCUGCUGAUAUACUGUGCUUGAUCAUUUGUGGUACUCUUGGUUUGCUCUGUUUAUUUGGCACAUUAUACGACUUGCUUGAAACUCCUUUGCCGUCUAAAAAGUCAAACGAAGAAAAUGUUGUACAGAAUGAUGACGCAGUCGUUCAUGAAGACACUUCAUUCUACAGCGACAGAGAUGCACUAGUAAAUCAUGGCAGCAUGAGUCCUUCAGCUGAGAUUGUACCAAGAAAAAAACCUAUCAUCAUCAGAUUUUUCAAGUGCUUUUCCAUUAUUGCAAAUACGAAGAAAAUCAUGGACACCAAGACAGCACCAGGAGCCAUCACCUCCAUUAAUGGAAUGAGAGUACUGAGUAUCUCAUGGGUUGUGCUUGGUCAUGCCUACCUCAUUUUUGUAGAUCUUUUCGUUGCAAACAAUUUUCGGACAACUUCAAAGAUCAUCCACAGGUUUUCUUUCCAAGCCAUUGAAAAUGCUACCCUUUCAGUGGACAGCUUCUUCUUCUUAAGCGGUCUUCUGGUAAGCUACAUUGGACUUAGACGAAUGAAAAAGAACAAUGGAAGACUUCCCCUACUUCAGUUCUAUUUACAUCGAUAUUUGAGGUUAACUCCAACCUACAUGUUUUGUAUACUGUUUUUCACAAGCCUGUUCAAACAUGUUGGUGAGGGACCAUUGUGGGACAUUACUCAACUGACUAACAAAUGCAACACCAAAUGGUGGACAAAUUUGCUAUACAUAAACAAUUUCUAUCCUGAAGAAUUUCUUGAUGAGUGUAUGAGGUGGUCCUGGUAUUUAGCCAAUGACUUCCAGUUUUAUUGCAUUGCACCAUUGUUUUUGUACGCCAUGUACAGGUUCAAGCUCCCAGGAAUGGCCCUAACAGUUGGUAGUUUCCUGGUGGCGAGUUUCAUAGCUACUGGAGCCAUUGUAGGCUAUUAUCAUUUCGUGGCAAAUCCCAUGGGUACCUCCCCUCAUUCAACGAACUACGUCUACAUCAAGCCUUAUUGCCGCAUAUCACCUUACCUCGUUGGUAUUGUACUUGGUUAUGUCUUCGUUGCUGACAAAACGCAUUCAUUCCUGCUAAAACUUCGAACUAUCCCGCGAAUGAUAUUCCUGGUAAUUGGCUGGUCCAUUGCCUUUACCUGUGCUUUCUCGUCUUUAUAUGGAUUGUACAAAAAAUACAGAGCUGACAAUCCAAUACCAUUGACAGAUACCGAGAAUGUUGUGUAUGUGACAUUUUCCAGAUUCGCUUGGGCCCUCUCCCUUGCAUGGGUUAUUUACGUGUGUCAUGCUGGAUUUGGGGGUCUGGUGGACAAUAUUUUAUCAGCUCGAUUCUGGAUUCCUUUGAGUCGAUUGACAUACAGUGUUUACCUAGUUCAUCCCAUGGUCCUUGGAGCGUUUUAUGGCAGCCUACAGAGUACUGUGGCAUACACUGAUUUCUUAAUGGUAAUCUUCUUCCUCGGUUGUUUAAUGGUGUCGUAUGGCUUGUCGUUCAUUCUCGCGAUAGCGAUUGAAUUUCCCACCAUGCAACUCGAGAAAUUAUUUGACUGACUUUCGACUAGUGAGCUAAAGUUGUCGCGUCAAAGGGAAAUUAUUCCAUAGCUUUUAUAGGACUGUUUACGAUAACAAUUUUGUCAUGCGACAAGAUCGGCGAUUUUUAUGGCGAUUUUAUCCAUAAAUCGCGCAUGCUGACAAUCUGCAAAUUCAAGGCGAUUUCAUUGCGAUAGGUCGUAGGUAUAUAGCAGUGAAUUCGAACUUGCUCGAAAUUUUUGUGCAAAUCGCUACGAUUUUCACUUGAAAUUUGUAUGUAAAAUCAGCGUGAAUAUUGCAGACUGUUUACACGUGACAUGAAAUCACCGCAAAAAUCACAGCUUAUGUUGCGUGACAAACUUGCUUAUGUUGCGUGACAAACUUGCUAGUGAAAACAGGCUAUAUAUUCCACAUGUUGCUUGUGACUAAAGACCAUAUAUUGUAUUGAACAGUAAAUUGGCAGAUAUGAUUUGUGCA